GCGAUGCUCUUCAUUUAAGAAUUUUGGGUUGUGAUUUAAUUUUUCGAGCUCAGCAUCUUUAUUCGAAUUCAUUCAUUUAAACGAAGUCGUUUGUUACUUUCUGUAUGCCACAAAGGCAACUAGUUUCAUUUAAACUGUUGCCCUUUCAGCACAUCACAUAAUUUGCGUUUAUUUGUGUGGACGCAUAUACAACAAAUUUGAAGACACACAGAAAAAAAAAAAGAAAACAAAAAUAUAAAAACUUAAAGGGAACACCAGCACUUCAAACAUGUUUUAACUAAAUCAAAUAAUAAAAUUCAAUUAAGUUCUUCAUAGAAAGUGUUAAAAUAAAUAUUUAAAAGUUUUUAAGUGUUGAACUGUGACAACAUUAAAUGGUAAAUUGGCUCAGUCCUAAAUGAAUAAGAGGAGGAGGAUUUGUUGUGAACAACAAUAACCUACAUUAAAAAUCCAUACACAGGGACACAAAAAGUGCACGAAAACGAGUUAAGUCAAGUCAAGUGAAAAAAAGCAAAAAUUCCUUUUAUUUUACUCGAAAGCAAGAAACGCCUAAAUUUGUUCUCGCCAAAAACAGCCGAAAAAAAUUAAAUAAAAUUAAUGGAAAGUGUAACGACAAUGAGCUCAUAAAAUUUUACCACAAAUAGCGUGUGAUUGAAAAGUUUGUACAAAAUUGUCUAUGAAAAUAUAAGAAAAAGGCUUAAUUGAAUCAAUAAAAGAAAAUAAAAGAAAACAAGAAACACAUCAGCUAAGUGCUAAAGUUCAAAAUAAGACCAAAAAUCAAUUACAAAAGUACUACAAUUUGAAUAAUAAAGUAGGGAAAAGUUUUACAAAACUUGGAUUAAAGUCAAGAGUUCAUAUGUUUUUAUUUUCUGCUUUUUAUAUAUACUUGUGCAUUAAUAAGCAAGUUGUUGUGCUUCGCAAGUAGAAAAACAUAUUUCUAUUGAACCGUAAGAUUUACAAAAAAAUACAUAUUUAAGUAAAUUCAUUAGAAAACAAAAGAAUUGCAAAAAAAAAAAAACAAAAAUAAAGAAUAAAGGUUUUAUUGCCAAUAAAAUUUGUACUUGUGCUUAAAAAUAAUGAAAUACAAAAUUCAAAAUAAAAUGAAAUAAAUAAAUCCCAUUUGAAAGGCAAAGUAAAAAACGAAUAAAGAAAAUUUAAAUGAAAUGAAAAAUAAUCUACAUAAAAAUUGAAAUCGAAAUUGAAUUGAAUUGUAUAAGAAAAUUAAAUAAUAUUGUGAAAGUGAUUGAUUUAUCUCUUUCUUCGUUUGUUUGCUUCUGUGUGCGACUAUCUCCCUUCGCCAUACAUCGAUUCUACUUGUUUCUCAGCAACGUGACAUUAAUCCUAAGACGAAUUGAAAAAUCAACAAAAACAAAAAGGAAUAUGAAAUGAAAUUACUCAAAUCAAAUGAAAUAUAAAACCCACAAAAUUAUACUUGAAAUCAAAAAUAAACAUGGCUGAAAAAAUAUUAAAUAAAAGUUUAAAUUCAAAUUAUACAUAAUGCCAAAAAAGGCAAAAAUAUAAGAAAAAAUAAAAGAAAAACAAUAUACUUAUAAUCAAAUUUUGGAUACUUUAGUAAGCAAAUAAUACAAAUAAAGUUAAAUACAAUUAUUAAAAUCGGUGAAAUGGAAAACAAUUUCUAAAUGUAAUUCAACAUUGACAAAUAACAAAAGGAUCAACUGACUGCGUAACAGUUGAGGGCAAAUGACCAACAGAUAUUGUAUAUUGCAGUAAACCGAUACAUUUAUACGAGUUGUGCUUAUCCCACAUAUAGAGAGAUAGAUAUAAAAUAGAAUUUGAAGAAUUGAAAAUAAGAAAAGUAAAAAAUAAAUUUAUUGAAGUUUAUUAUAAGAAAGCAAUCGUAUGGAAUAAAUUUUCUUCAUGAAAGUGGAUGGUCCGUUUAACUACCUUCAUACAUCGAAUGAACAAAUGUUAAGCAAUAGAUGGUAUUUUGCCUGGACGAAGUGUUGGAGAAGAGGCAAAUGCAAUUUGUAAACAAUCAAUAAACUCAAGCUAUGCUUUUAAGUGCUUGCAACAUGUGCAAAAAGGUGUCAUAGCGUGAAACAUUACAAUUCAUAAGAACCCAUUCGAUUGCGAUGAACAAAAAAUGCAGCAAAAACAACAAUAAGUGAACAUUUUAUUUUACAAAAAAAUAAAAAAAAAAACGAAUGCAAGUUGGAAAAAAAUCCUACAAAUAAAAACAAUAGAAAAAAGUGGAAAACUACAAUAACAUACUCAUAUACUGGCACCAAGUGAAAACUAAAUAAACGUUUGUCUUUAGUACGCACCCAACAGUAAUGCUCCAAUUGUUCUUGUACUUAAACAGUCAAACAAAAACUUAGCACUUAUAUUGUCACAUGCACAACACACACUCCUACACAUAGAUUCAAAUUAUAGUUGUUGUGAACAAACAAUAUUUUGUUGCAUUCAACAGCUACUGUUUGUACUAUUGCUAUUGUGCGGGAAAAUGCUGAAAACAAUUUAACAACAUCAACAGUAACUGCAGUGGCAGCAGCAACAACAAUUGCUAUUGAAAUUGUUCAUCUUAAUAGUACAUGAGUGUGUGUAUUUGAGUGCUUGAAUGAAGGAAUGCAUGAAUGAAUGAGUGAAUGGGAGUGUGUAAUGUUUAUAUUGAGUGUUGUAAUAUCAGUUUGUGCAUCAAAAUAAAAUGUUAAAUGUGUCACAUGUUACAUUUCUAUAAAUAUAUAUAGACAAUUUAACGACAACCCGAAUUACGGCCAAAAUAGAAAUCGUACAAUAAAACUUUGUAAAGUACCGACUUCUGCUCCUUUGUGCACCCCUACAACAGUAUGCUGCUCUAUUAGUGGAAGCAUUUGUGCUCUUCAAUUUAUACACCAUAUUUAUACUAUAUAACGCUAUCUCUACGCUUUUAAAUAAUCCUGAGUCACGUUUUUUAGUUUUUUAACGCAAAUUGCGAAUAUAAUUUUUUCAUUUUGAUUUUUUGCUUUUUUGCUUGAGAAAACAAAUAAACAAACAAAUUUUAUAAUCACCAUCUAUUGGACCAACAGCUGCUACAUUUGUAGGUGCCAUUAUUAACGAUCCAAGUGCACAAUUCCCUGUUGCAGCAAAAUUUAUUCCAUUUUUUCUCGUUUUUACUUCUACCAUCAGAACAAACAAAUCAAAAAAAUAAAGUGAAAAAAUUUUAAACGAAAUCUCUGGCAGUGUUGCAAUGUUGUUAGUUUUUUAUUUGUUUUGUGAAUGAAUUUAUUUCGCCUUCCACAUUUGGCAUCAGUACCUGAACCACUGCAACAUCAACAACGCAAACAAAAAACUACGGCUAUUACAAUUACAAAAACCUCUCGUGCUACUGCUGCCAUCAUCUGGUUGCUAAAUCUGCAAAUGCUUUAAAGUAUAAAUAUUUUCGCUUGAAUGGUAUCAGGAUUCAUACGAAUGUUAUCAGUAUGAGAGUAAAUUCUGUUGCAAUUGGCUUGUCAGUUGCUUUUGCGCUUAACAUUACAUUGAUGCUUCAAUCGGUCUUGGGCGAUGAUUGGUCCCUUUCAUGUGCCUCAAACUGCACCUGCAAAUGGACAAAUGGAAAAAAAUCAGCCAUCUGUAGUUCAUUGCAAUUGACUGCCAUUCCUACAACGUUGAGCACAGAACUACAAGUGCUGGUGUUAAAUGACAACCAUAUUCCGUAUUUGAAUAGAGAAGAAUUUGCUAAUUUAGAGCUUUUAAAUUUACAGAGAAUAUAUUUGAAAAAGUCUGAGGUACAAUAUGUACACAAGGAAGCGUUUAAAGAUCUAAAGAUUUUAGUGGAAAUCGAUUUGUCGGAUAAUAGAAUAGAAAUGUUGGACAAGGAUACAUUUAUGGGAAAUGAUCGCCUGAGAAUACUUUAUUUAAAUGGAAACCCCCUUAAAAAAUUAGUGGCAUAUCAGUUUCCUGUUUUACCACAUUUACGGACACUUGACCUACAUGAUUGUCUGUUGUCCUAUAUAGAUCCCAUGGCAUUGGCAAGUUUGAAUAUGCUGGAGUUUUUGUACUUGAAAAAUAAUUUACUGGAAAAUUUGAGUGAAUACGUGUUUCAACAUAUGACCAGUCUAAAGACAUUGGUAUUAGACGAGAAUCCUUGGCAAUGUAAUUGUAAAUUGAGAAAAUUUCGUUCCUGGUAUGUCAACAGCAAGUUGUACAGUGAAAGUCUACAGUGUAAGGGGCCACCUUAUCAUAAGGACAAAACUUGGGAUAGUGUGGAAGAAGCACAGUUUGGAUGCUCACCCAAAGUGGAGAUAUUCAACAAUGAAGAUGUUCAGAAUAUAGAGAUUGGCAGCAAUGUCACAUUUAGCUGUUUGGUGUAUGGUGAUCCUUUACCGCAAAUUUAUUGGGAACUCAAUGGAAAAAUCCUAGAUAGUGAAAAUGUCAUGUUUGAGGCUGAAACCAUUGCCUCUGAUAAACUGUGGAGUAAUCUGACUGUGUUCAACAUGACCAGUUUAGAUGCUGGAACAUAUGUUUGCUCUGGAACUAAUGUGGUGGGUGUGGGCUCACAAAAUAUAAGUAUUUAUCUUACUGAAAUUGUUCAACAUGUUCUCGUUAAGACUCCGGAAACUUUUUGGUAUUUUGGUUUGAUAAUGGGUACCUUUGGUACUGUGUUUUUGCUGAUUCUUAUUUCAUUUGUAGCUUGCCUAUGCAAGCGAACAACUCGCCAAAGAAGGCAUCCUAGUAAAACUGGUGUAAAACCCAGCGUAAGUUUUAAUGAUCAAGAGAAAAAGUUACUAGAUUUAAGCAUCACAACUACGACUAAUGAUCGAGUAGACAGUUGCCUGGACAACAAUCACAGCACAGCCACGGCAAUGAGCAAAGCAGAAUCAGUGAUGGGCUUUGAACCAAUUGAAAUCCAUUCUUCAGAUAAUCAUAGGUCAAGUGUACAUGGUCACCAUGCUCUAAUGAUGGGAACACAUCAUCAAUUGCAACAUCCACAGCAAAUACAACAUAAUCAUUCUCAUAUGCCACCCACUAGCGCUGCUGGGUCUCAUGUGUCCAAUCAUCCACAACAAUUGAUGGCUGUGACUGAUGGCUCGUGUAGUGUGGUAGGAAUACCGACUUCUUUGGCAACUUCAGUCAACUCAGACGGACAUAACAAUCAUAUAUCAGAAGAAUUUCCACUUAAUGUUGGUGUGUUUCCCCCGCCACCAGAAUUUUGUUCGAAUAUUGUGGCGAACCCUACUUACGGCAACAUUUUUAUAAGUGUAUCCGUAACACAAGACAUGCUUGAUGGAGCUGAUAUCAGUAUGUAUCCUGACUUAUUGAACAUACCCCAGAGACUACAAGAUAAUGGUAUAUCAUCGGUAGUCGUCACUCAACAGACUUCAAGCAACUCGAAUCAAGUAAAUUCUCAUGGAGCUGAUACAAUGUCACCUCCACCUUCAGCACAGCUUCAACAACAGCAAUUAUCUUCUUCCAUGGUUGGAAAUCAUUCUUCUGUUAAUGUUAAUUCAUUUGCCACACUACCCCGAAAUAGCCAGAGGAGAGGAAUUCUCAAGAAGGAUUCAUCAUUGCAGCAUCAGCAUCAACAACAGCUACCACAGCCCAAUCUCUAUACUCACGAUGAAAUUGUCUCCUAUCACAACCUAGACACAACAUACAGUCAAGGUUAUCAGGAGCACCAAACGGAGCUAAUAGGACUUCCACCUCCGCCACCACCACCAUCGGUAAAAUGCCAUCAUGGCCAACAUUCAACAAAUGCUACCUCCAAGCCUUGUUCAGGUUGCAUGUCAACAGCUUUACAACCACCAUCUGCCUGUCCUAGCCCGCCUAAAGAUGCCACACCCCUGAGACCACUAUACAAAACGCAAAAUGGUUCAGCAUGCUUAAAAUAUGACAAUAUGGGUAGACGAAUAACGGCCAGCGGCAACUCAACUCUAUCCUUGCCCGACGAAGAGCGCUUAGAAAGCGAAACACUGUUCAACGAUGGAAAUCCGCUGACGAAGACUCCCGCCUCCAAAGUAGCAACAAAACUACAAGACUGCCAAUCGUCAUCCCCCACGCCAUCAUCAGGGACAACACAAAAUAAGGCUGCAUCGAUUAAUAUGGAUACGGGUAGCGAAUUUGUGUCACUCUAGUAUUACGGGACCCAAGUGUAAAUAGUUAGAAAGAGAGCUUUUGCAAAUUAGUAACAUUAGAAAUAUGAAUAUUUAUUAGUUUUUUAUUUAAUUAGAUUCACUAACUAUAGUUAACACUCCAUUUAAAACUCAUAUACAUAUAUACAAACUCUCACACUUAUUGAAAUAACAAAACAAACUUUAAAGUAACAAUCAAAUCUACUUUUAACACAAAAAACAAAAAAAAAUAAUUAAAACCUAAUCGACGAAAGGAGUACAAUUACAGCACAGCUUGAGAUUAGUUGUAAUAUUGUAAGUUGUUGGCAUAAGCAUGCAAUUGCGAAAAUGUAAGUGCUGUAAUAAAAUUCUUAAAAAUUAGUAUUAACAAUAAAUUAAAUAAUACAUUUUGAUUAUAAAUCUUAAAUACUACAAAAGAAAUUUUGAUUAGCAUUUUAUGGUUGCUUCAGAAAUUACAAAAAAAACUGUGUAAUUUAUUGUCUUUUUUUAUUUUUCAUAUUUUCUUAGUUCCAAAAUCAAAUGAUAAAAUCAAAAUGUGUAAAUAUAAAUGGGUCACAUCUUAAGGUGAAUUAGAUUUAUAUUAGAUUUUAAAUAUGUAUAUAUAUUUUUUCUGUUAUGAGCAUAUUAAUUUUGAACUUUCAAAUCAAUUAACAAGAUUUUGCAAAACUCUGCAGAUUUAUAUUUGUGUUUUCAAUAGUAUUUAUUAUAAUUAUUAGUAGUUAGGUAUUUUAAGUCACAGUUUAUUUAUAAAUUAUACUUACUUUUUGUUAGAACUGAGAGAAAUUAAAAAUGAUAAUUUUUAGUACAAAUUAAAUCAAUUGGUGUUACAAAUGAGAAAAGAAAAAAUGGAGAACUUUACUUU